GCAAAAACCAAAUUCAUUUCUUUUCUUCUGGUAAGGUAAGCCCAAAUUCGUUGGACUUGGUGACAAAACCUCACCAUAACUUCCCAAUCGAGUUCCUGCUCAAUCAAAUGAGUCAUGCUCAGCCCAGAUCAGCGCCCCCAGUCCCCUCCCCACCUAAGUAGCUUCAUCAUUCUUUGGCUAGGGGAGGAAAAAAAUAAAAAAAAAAGAAGCAUGAAAAUUUGCACCGCUACUUUAGUAUAAAUUGCAAACCACUAGGAUCCUCAUUUUUAGCGAAUCAUCUAUUUCUACGUUCUCGUAAUUCUCAAAUUUUCCGCACUUUCCAACUUCUUUUGAACAUGGCAGAGUCUGAUGGAAAAACCUCAACUUCAAUUGAUGGCAACACUCUUGUGGCCAUGUGCCUGGCACGGGCCGGGGUGGACAAGAUGUUCGGAGUUGUGGGUAUCCCCGUAACCUCCCUAGCCAACCGGGCCGUGGCUCUCGGAAUCCGCUUCGUCGCUUUCCACAACGAGCAGUCCGCCGGCUAUGCUGCCUCUGCUUACGGCUACCUCACCGGCCGUCCCGGUAUCCUUCUCACUGUUUCCGGCCCCGGCUGCGUUCAUGGAUUGGCUGGUCUCUCCAACGCCGGCGUCAACGCCUGGCCCAUGGUCUUGAUUUCCGGCUCGUGUGAUCAGAAGGAUUUCGGCCGUGGUGACUUCCAGGAGCUCGACCAAAUUGCCGCUGUUGAACCCUUUUCCAAGUACUCGGUGAAAGCCACUGAUAUUACUAAAAUCCCUACCGUUGUUUUCGAGGUUCUUGAUCGAGCUGGUUCGGGUCGCCCCGGCGGGUGCUAUUUGGACCUCCCCACUGAUGUGCUUCACCAGAGUGUUGCUGAUUCCGAGGCCCAGAAAUUGAUUGAUGAAGCUGAGAAUAGUAGGAAAAAAGAGCUGAUUGCCAAGCCCUUAGUUAAGAAUUCAGAGAUUGAAAAGGCGGUUGCUUUAUUGAGGAAAGCAGAGAGGCCUUUGAUCGUGUUUGGAAAAGGGGCUGCAUAUGCUAGAGCCGAAAAUGCAUUGAAAAAGCUAGUUGAAAGUACUGGAAUUCCCUUCUUACCGACUCCUAUGGGGAAAGGUUUAUUGUCUGAUACUCACGAGUUAGCUGCCACUGCUGCCAGGUCACUGGCAAUUGGGAAAUGUGAUGUGGCGUUGGUUGUUGGAGCAAGGCUUAAUUGGUUAUUGCAUUUUGGGGAGCCACCAAAGUGGUCCAAAGAUGUGAAGUUUAUCUUAGUGGACAUAGAUAAGGAUGAGAUUGAACUAAGGAAGCCUAGUGUGGGAUUGGUAGGAGAUGCCAAAGAUGCUGUGGAAAGGAUAUACGAGGAGAUCAAAGAUGAACCUUUUUGUUUAGGAAAGUCUCACCCUUGGGUUGAGGCCAUAGCAAAGAAGGUUAAGGAGAAUGUGUCAAAAAUGGAGGUUCAGUUGGCGAAGGAUGUUGUUCCAUUUAAUUAUAUGACACCAUUAAGGAUUAUUAGGGAUGCAAUUCUUGGAUUGGGUAGUCCUGCUCCAAUUUUAGUUUCUGAGGGGGCAAAUACUAUGGAUGUUGGCAGGGCAGUGUUGGUUCAGACAGAACCAAGGACUAGGUUGGACGCAGGGACGUGGGGGACAAUGGGGGUUGGUCUGGGAUAUUGCAUUGCUGCUGCUGUGGCAUCGCCUGAUCGGCUUGUUGUGGCUGUUGAAGGGGACUCUGGAUUUGGUUUCAGUGCAAUGGAAGUUGAGACCUUGGUUAGAUAUCAGUUACCUGUAGUCAUUAUAGUUUUCAAUAAUGGUGGGGUUUACGGUGGUGAUCGAAGGAGUCCUGAAGAAAUCACAGGGCCUCACAAAGAUGACCCAGCACCCACGUCUUUUGUUCCCGGAGCAGGUUAUCAUGUUCUAACGGAAGCUUUUGGGGGGAAAGGUUAUCUCGUUCAGACGCCUGAUGAACUCAAAUCUGCACUUGCUGAAUCUUUUUCGGCACGGAAACCUGCAGUGUUAAAUGUCAUACUUGAUCCAUAUGCGGGUUCAGAAAGUGGAAGGUUGCAGCACAAAAACUGAGGUAUAACCAGAAUGCAUGACCUAAUAAGCAGUACCUAAAUUCUUAUUUGAUAAAACAUAUGGAUGUUUGUUUUGUUCUUUUACGUAAACUUUCCAAAGUGAUCUGCUCAGGUGUUUUCUCCGACUCAAAUGAGGAAAGUUAGUGCUGUCGCUAUAGUGUAUUCUUAUCAUGUGGUAACAAAUUGCACUUAAUGCUUUUAUCCUUUUAAUAUCUAAAUACACGUGCAAGUAGAAAGAGCAUCCUCUGCUACAAGCCUACAUGCUCAUUGCAUGAGGGUUGCUGAUUUACCAAAUGUCGGGUCGAAGAAGCAGCUGGUAUCCCUGUCUUGUUUUGUUUGAACAAGAAAGUUAAGAGAGCCAGCAGCUUCAACAUUUUGAAGACAUCAGUGGCAGGUUUUCAGGACUACCAUUAGCUUGUAUGGAAUAGUGUAGAUAGUUUUUCUUGGAAUGGUUGUUGAGUUCUUUUGCAAUUAUGUGCUUGCUUUUCAUCUGCACGAGAGAAGAAAACAUGCACUCCGGUCGGGAACUGUAUCAUUACUUGUUUUGAGUAGAUUAGGUAUAGUUUCUGCAACUUUGAUCAAUGAGUAGGAAAAUUGCUGUAGGAAUUUGCAUUUGGGAAUCACUCUAUGGAUCUGAGACUCGGCAUAUAAGGAUUCAGGCCUUAAAGGUAAUAAUGUUGAUUGCUGCACAUACCUGCGCAGUAUUUUCCUCUUUU